GAUGCCGAAGAGGAGCGGAAGCGGUUAGAGAAGGUUGAGGAGUUCGAGAGGAAGUUGGAAGAAAGAAGACAAAAGAUUCGUGAAUGGGGUCAAGGCACGCCAGCCCAGGCCGCUGCCGGAAGGUGAUUCUAAGGCUAGUCUUGCCAAUAGGAGAAGGCAAGUGUGGGCUAGAAGGACGAUAGAUGUAUCAAGGCAUAGACUCCACAUGGUAGAUAUAGAGCAUGCAGCAUUGUGGGUGAAUAAUUUAUCAGCUCUCUACUCAGGGGUAUUACGAUGAAAAUGUCGGCAUUACGUUAUUUAUUAUGUACUAAGCUAGAAGUAUGGGGUCCGGACAAACUUCGGGCUGAAUUGGCUUCCUUUGUCGCUGGCUCGCUGUAUCAGCCUGUAUGUAGGUAUUAUGUACUUAUAAACUCCAGAUGCCCCCAGGUAAUCAGCCGACUACACCUUCAAUGUUAGUACUUAGACAUCUACAUCCUUGUUAUGGAUGCGCCUCGGACUAGAGGCAUCGUAGUCUUUGGGGGUGGAACAGCAACAAACAGUCUAGUGGAUGUGUUUGAGAAUAUUAGAGAGAGUCGAAACUGCUGGCUUAGUUAUGUCAUACCUAUAAGUGACAAUGGCGGAAGCUCAUCCGAAUUGAUUCGUGUAUUUGGUGGUCCCGGUAUUGGCGAUGUUCGCAGUCGACUAGUGCGUCUCAUCCCCGGCUCGGAUACCGAUGCCGAACGGGCAUCUAUCAAGGACCUGUUCAACUAUCGGCUGUCAUCCGACCCCCUACAGGCACGAUUGCAAUGGCUAGACAUUGUCGAGGGACGGGACGGGCUCUGGGCGAAUAUCCCGAGCGAGAAGCGCGAGCUCAUCCGGUCCGUCUUCAACCUCGUUAAUCUGGAGAUAGUGAAGAAGGCUCGGCCUAGCUCGGUCUUUAACUUUUCGAAGGCGAGUAUUGGGAAUUUGUUCUUGACUGGAGCUCGGGUUUUCACAGGCUCCCUCGAGUCUGCCAUCUAUCUACUCUCCACCAUCUGCUGCAUCCCCCCAACCGUCUCCGUCCUACCAGCCAUCAACACAAACUUCACGCAUCACAUCUCCGCCGGUCUAGCCGACGGCACCCAGAUCACCGGACAGAACUCCAUCUCUCACCCUUCCGCACCCACCGCGUUGCCAGAUGUGGGCGACACCCCUAUCCCCAACAACGACAAGAACAACAUCCCAUGGCAACAGCACAUGCAAGAAACCGAAGAGCACGACCGCAUCGAAGACGCCACCCUCCCCGGCUCCCUCCCCACCCUGCGCAAGCAGUACAUCGACUUCACCAAGGCCGCCGACGAGGACCUGCCGACGCGCAUCGAGCGCAUCUGGUACAUCAACCCGUACGGGCACGAGAUCCGCCCCUUUGCCAAUCCCAAGGUCCUCGACGCCAUCCGCACCGCCGACGCCCUCGUCUACAGCAUCGGCAGCCUGUACACCUCCAUCGUGCCGAGCCUGGUCCUGAGGGGCGUGGGCGCGGCGCUCGCGGAUCCCGCCGGCGUGCGCUAUAAGAUUCUGGUGCUGAACUCGACCGUGGAUCGCGAGACGGGGCCCAGCAAGGCCCCCAUGACGGCCACGGAUUUUGUCCUGGCGAUCGCGAGGGCCGCUGCGCAGACGUUAACGUUAACCCAGAACCAGAACCAAGACAACAGUCACGACAACAACGAACAGACUAGAUUAGACGUGCGCAGAUACGUAACCCACCUAAUCUACCUCGAAGACGAAGGCGCGCCUAGAGUGAACAAAAACGAGCUGUUGGGCCUGGGUAUAGAGUGCAUCAGAGUAUACGGACGGCGGGUAGAGGGGAGACUACAGUACGACGAGGCGGCGUUGGCGCGGGCGUUCGAGGCGGUGAUUGGCAAGCCGGAGGUGUUGCGGAGUCGGAGGAACACGAGUAGACAAUGACAUGUUUAUGUUUAUGCUCAUGUUUAUAUAUAUUUUAAUGGGCGAUUUGAUUUGCUACGCUAUGCGAGGACAUAAAUACAUACGUAUGUACUAGGUUUAAGUACAUUGUGAAGAUUUAUUUUGUGUCUACGCAGCGAAGGAGGGGAGAUAAAAAGGGGGUGGGGGGCAUCGAUCGUGAAAUCAUGUCUCUUGGAGU